CCCCCCCCCCUCUCUCUCUCUCUCUCUGCCACAUUCCCCUCUCCUCUCUCCCCUCAGAAGAGCCUCUUCCUCCCCCUUUCUGACGGCUCAGCGGUAGGACUAACCCCGGGACAACAUGGCGUCAGGCGUGACCGUGAACGACGAGGUGAUCCGGGUGUUCAACGACAUGAAGGUGAGGAAGUCUUCGUCGCAGGAGGACGUGAAGAAGAGGAAGAAAGCGGUGCUGUUCUGCCUGAGCGAAGACAAGAAGAAGAUCAUCGUGGAGGAGGGCAAGCAGAUCCUGGUGGGCGACAUCGGGGAGAGCGUGGACGACCCGUACGGCUGCUUCGUCAAACUGCUGCCGCCCAACGACUGCCGCUACGGCCUCUACGACGCCACAUACGAGACCAAGGAGUCCAAGAAGGAGGACCUGGUCUUCAUCUUCUGGGCUCCAGACGGUGCUCCUCUGAAGAGCAAGAUGAUCUACGCCAGCUCUAAAGAUGCCAUCAAGAAGAAGUUUACAGGGAUUAAGCACGAGUGGCAGGUGAACGGUUUGGACGACAUCCAGGACCGCGCCACGCUGGCAGAGAAACUGGGGGGGAACGUGGUUGUUUCUCUGGAGGGGAAGCCUGUGUGAUGACCCCCCCCCCCCCACACACACACACACACACACACACACACACACACACACUCACUCACUCACAGACAGCUUCCUGUCCAUUCGUCCUCAGGAGCUAGCGUCUUUAGCCCCCCCCCCCCCACACACACACAUGAAGGAGAUCUCAUUAAUGAUAUGCAAACACCCCGUCUGUUGCCACAGAACUCUCUCCCCCCCCCCCGACGCUGUCUCGCUCAGUUUUGCCAAAAAGUCGAGGAAGUUUCCAGACUUUAUUUAUUGUCGUGACGUUUCUUCUCCAUGUUCACUCAGCGUUCUAUGCACCAGAGAAGAAGAAGCAGCUUCCUGUCAGCGAGCGCACGCCUCCGCUUCACUUCCUGUCCGGCCACCGCCUUAUUUCAGUUUGAAUGUAACCCCCCCCCCCCCCAACACCGAGCUAGAGCGCACUUUUAUUUUAUAAGAAACACUACAGGACGCCCCCCCGCAGACAGACGCCUCAUGAAGGAGAAACGGUGGAGCGUCGUUUCUGAGAUCGCAGGACGCCGCAAUAAACGCCUGUGGCACCUGA